UCAUCUUAUGUGCUUUUCUAGUCUUCCCAAUGUAUGUGUGGGUUCGCUUCAAGUCAGAUCCUCAUGAAAUGGAAUACAAGGAAGAGCCCGACGUUGAAGAAGAGAAAGACGAGCGGGAAUGCGAUGAGGAUGCCCUCUUGCCGGAUGGGAGUCGUGCUAUCGACAUCCUUCCACAGCAGCAGCAGGAUACGCUGCCAGGGCUGAUAUCGGAAACGAAGGUAUCCUUCCAGCCCGAGGUGAUGACGACACUGCUGCGCGAGCGGGAGCUGUUCGUGCCAUCGCCUCCACCGCUGUGGAACAUGGUCCACCAGAUGUGGAGCGCACCCAUCACCAAGUUCUGGACGUUCCAGAUCUUCUACAUUGGUUACCUGGCACUGUUCAGCGUGGCUGUGCUGUUGCCCUCAUGCGGCAACCGGUACGUAGACAUGGCUGUGUGCGCUUGGACUGCCCUCAUCGCGCUCGAGUCGGCGAGGAGGACGUAUGUUCUGCAUAAGAGAUACCACGAUGUGCCCAUGUUCCUCCGCUGCGUGGAGGUGUUGCUCAUUGCAGCCUUUGUGGCUGUGUAUGUGGUGGCCCGUGUGCUUGGCCCGACGCCCCUGUUCAGCCCCUACAGUGUCAAAGUAGUGCUGUGUGCCGCGCUGCUCGGGUUCUACUACCGGCAGAUCGUCAUCUACCUGCCCAUCUCGCCCACACUGGGCCCACUGCUCUACAAAGUGCGCCUCAUGGUGGCCGAGGACUUUGUGAACUUCAUGCGCAUGGCACUUCUGGUGAUCAUCAGCGGCGGCAUUGUGGCACAUGCGCUGCUCUACCCGGACUACCCGUUCAACCUGGAGCUCCUCAGGAGAACAUUUCAUCGUGCAUGGUUCUCCCUCUUCCUCACGCCCAUCGCUGACCUCGAAGGGGAUCCACGCUGCUUCACUCUGAAAGCACCACUCAACCAUUCCAUGGAAGAAUGCCGGAUUAGUGAAUACACUGACUACACCUGCACCAACCCGGGGGUGUGGCCGUACUUCUUCGUCAUACAGUUCCUUGUCCUUCUCAAGCUGGUCUUGCUGACUCUUCUCUAUGCUCUCUUCAGCCACACGGCGCAGAAGAUCGAGUCGGCAUCCGACGACAUCUGGAAGUUCCAGCGGUACAAGCUGGUCGUGGACUUCAUGAACCGGCUGUGCCUGCCACCCCCGUUGAACUUGUUCAGCUACAUCAUUGCUCUUCUGCAGUUUCUCUGGCGUCUGCUCACCUGCCGCUUCUGCCGUACAACGCAUCAGCUGGACGGCCACCCAGAGCUGGCCAAGUCACAACUGCGGCUCUCCGAGAAGGACUACAACUACUGGAAACAUUUGGCGUCACAGUACAGCCAGAGGAAGAGCGAGGAGCGCGAACUCGAGGAGAAGAAGAAGAAGCAACUGGAAAGCCUGUCGUACUUCCUCGAAGACAUGGACCACCAGCGACAUGCCCUGAGCCUUCUCAAGGGCCAGAUUCAAGAACUGCAGAGGACGGUUGGCAAAUCGUUUUCCUAUCUUCAGACGCUCAAGAAUGCGACAGACAGACCUGGCGAGCCAGGUGGUCUGCUGCCAGGUGCCGUGCAUGUGCUGUCUCGCAAGAGCCCUUACCCAAGCACACGUGUCCUCCGCUAUCCUGUGCCGGACAAGUAUGUUGCAUGGCAGGUGCUGUGGCUAGAGUACGACCCCGUGGCCUACAGUCGGCCACGCACCGACUUCCCUCCUCAUCUGCAGCCACAUGUUGAUGAGGACAUUCUGGGGCUUAAACUGGCUUCUGAUGGCGGUCCUGUACCGAGCUUCGCUUGGAACUCUGUGUCCACAAGCCCUGCAGGCGUCAGCAUCAACCGUCAGUCGUGGAUCCGUGAUGCUGAUGGUUUGCCCAUCAUCUACCGUCUUGACGCGCAGGGAAUGCCGAUGAAUCCCAUUGGCAGGACGGGAUUGCGAGGACGUGGAGCCUUGCCACGCUGGGGCCCGAACCAUUAUGUGCUUUUCAUCAUCACCAGGUGGCAGAGGGCCAAGGUGCACCUAGUCGGGGGUAGGGGCCUUGAAGUGGUUCUCAUGCGUGUCUUCCGGACGGAUCAUUUCAGCCUUCCAGGGGACUUCGUACCUGGAGAGGCCAAAUAUGACACACUGAAGCUGCUGUUCAAGCCAGAGACAUUGGGCAAGUGUGAGACUGAGGACGACAUUAAGGAGUUUUUCCGAAGUUGCCAUGUAGAAGAGGAAGGUACGGACGAGCCGUUGGUCGAGUGCAGGCAGCGUGGCUACAUGGACGACCCCAUGAACACUGAUCACUGCUGGCGUGAGACAGAACUGUGGAACAUCCACUACGAUGGUGCGGAGAACCUGCAGGACAAGAUGCAGAACCACUUGCUGUGGCGGCUGGUCACGGAGGACCUGUUUAUGAAGCUGCCACUCGGGCAGUCAGUCCUGCUGCACGAAGUGACCAAAUCACUUCAAGCGAGCAUCAUCUAGCUUCACUGUUGUCACUAUAGCAACCCGACACCCGUCCUUGAGGUCUAUGAUGUGACGUGGCUGUGAUCAUGGCUGCUGCCUGUACGACUGGUCCCGUGGUACUCUCGUUGCACACGUGUUCCACACAGCGACAACUGCUUCUUGUGCUUUAGCGACGUGCAAGCUCUGCAAGGACACCGUGCUCUGUUGAACGUGCUUUGCUUUGCGCGGCAGAAUAGUAUUUAAUGCUUGUUAUAUCUUCUGACAGGUGUGCUUAAGGACACGCUACGCUUUUGCGCUCUAACUUGAUGUGAUACAUUUCUUGUUAUUGUUUUAGGUUUACACUUCAGCAUCACAGUAUAAUUCAGGUGUAGUGCAGCGCCACUUCACUAUAAGCCUUUUGCAAUGGGUCUCCUGUUUAUGCUAAGAGCACAGAAAUGUGCAUACGCUUGCGUACGAACGGUGUUGCAUCUUCUGCCAAGUGUACAGCAAGCUUUUCUAUGUUGUAGAGUGUACACUUGCUAUGUGUUCAUAAUUUAUAGAGGACCACGGCAUGUAGAUAGCUGAUAAUAAUGUUAACGUAUUAUCAUCCUUACCUCUUGAGCAUAGACAUGUACUGAAAUCAGAAUGCAUGUAAUGUUUGACAGAAAUGUCCACUGUUAUAUUUUUUGGAAAAUUGUGAGCGCAACGUGAACGUUACUUCCGCACAGGUGUACAUAUGCGUGUCGUGGAGCGGCAUGCGAGCUUUCAUUCAAUGCAACAUGUCUUGACGUUCUGUCCAAUGGCUCAGGGGUAUGUUGUUACUUUUUGUAGCAAUAUACAAUGAAACCUCGGUGAUACGAAUCUCACGGGACCACCAAAAAUAUUCGUAUCAUCCAAAAUUCGUAUCACCAGAAAGCAUGAAAAAUUAUAAUGCGACAAAAAAAGAAAAAGAAAGCUGGCGUACAUUUUUAUUUAUUGUUUUUCAGGGCCGCAGCAACGUCAGGAAGAACCCUGAAUGAUUGUCAGUUAAGUUUUCAGGUGUCGGCAAUCAUACUAGCACUCGUAAAUAUACGGCCCGUAAGAUCGUCUUUAAUGAACCAGGUGUGUUGUGACCCGCGACAGCAGUAGCCCCGUGCGAAUUCUAGCAUGCUUUUUCGCAUGACAGAGGAGUACUGCGACGGGAGUGACGGAAAAAGUGCUUUGACUGGAUAGAUGAAGACCACAAAAUUUCAGAACCAUGGUCCUAUGUUAUGCUUUUGUGAUUGCGGAGAUGUUGGGGAUGUUUUUGGGAGAUUUACGGCCGUGCCUGCACAAGUGCGACCUCAGCAGUCACGCAUGUUGACGUUGUGAGGCCUGACUCCUUUGCCAAGACCAUCCUCACCUUCUUCAGUCCUGGUCCUCCUUUCAUGGGAUUUCUGGUGCACGAGGCAGGCACAUGUUCACACAGUACAACGACAGGAGCGCACGUCGAUGCGUUAGAAGAAAAAAAAAAGCAGGACGCCAAUGCCCCCUGUAAUGUGAACGCGAACGCACACGGAGACACAUUAGAGCCUCAAAGAUUGGCGCACACAAUCUCGGAGGCCGUCACGCGUCUCUGAAGGGUUAUUCUGACCGCAAGAGAAGUAUUUUUCUUACAACAUGAUUCUGACGAUUUGGCGGUGCCCGCACUUGUGUUCCCGUGCUCGCACGUGCUUGGUGCGUCUUCUGCGACAGCGCGGACACAGCACCUCUUCGUACCUGGGUGGUAGGGUACAUUCGUAUCAAACGUCGCGGGGUAAAAAUUGGUUCGCAACAACCAUACUCCAUUACAUUGCAGGCCAAUGGGCCUUGGCCGGGACCAAAGAAAAAUUCGUAUCACCCCAAAAUUCGUAUGAGCUGUGAUCGUAUCACUGAGGUUUCACUGUAGCUGUGGUAAAACUGAAAUAUGUACUUAGCUGUCGAUAGCGUUUACGUUUCUUUCUGCCUUUUUGAAAAUCAUGUUAUGUUUAGAACUUUGUGUGCACACAUUUUAGGUUUGACGCCCCACAUUACAUUGCUUGAGGGCCUGGGAAGGUUAUUGUUUAAAAAUAUGAUCUGUAUACGAGAGAGAGUGGUCAAACAAGCGAAGCCUCUUCUUGCAAACCUUCGUUUCGUCUCCAUCUUGUCCUGUCCUGUAUCCUACAGCUUGAUAUGGCUGCUGAUCGCACAGGCUUGCUUGUGAGUUAAUAGCGCUUGGAGGCAGCGUAAUGAUUCUCUUAGAGCAUCUUCACGCAGAAAACAUAGUCAGUGACAAGGAGUGUUCUGCAAAAAAUUCCACUGGUUAAUCCAGCUCUGAAACUCCCAAAGUAUUUUAAAGUUGGAAAAAUUCUGAGGCAACCGAGUGCUUCAUCUUUUGUGAAUAUUUAAACUAAGUGUGCAAGAUUACACGUGGGACCUCAUGAAAAAGCACCUGGAGUUUUGAAUUUUUGAAGACACAGGAAAACGUAGGUAGUGGUCAAAAAGUAUUUUUGGACAAUCUAGUUGGUUCGUACUGAAAUUACUAGUGUACUGUGAGAAACAAUCACUGUAAGGUGCGAAAAAGAGGAGGUACAAUAUGAAAGAGCACAGGCUAUGAACUGUUCUAUAUGUCCGACCUCGAGGAAGACAAUUUUUUUUAUUUUGCAAACAAACUUGUCGUUGCCAUUUGUCAGUUGUACAUCUCACUCUUUUUUCAUUAUGGUACAGUCUUGUCUGGCUGGACUGUCCUGUCAGCAUUUUGCAUGCUUAUUAUGUGAUGCUAUUCGCAUAUACAUAGCAUUGACAGUAGUAAUUGCCUUGCUUUUCACCCUUUCACAGUACCUGUUAAUUUCGUCAGCUUCUCAGGAGCAAUAUUUUACGUGAAAAUCCUUUCUUUCUCUGCAGAAAUGCUGUUAUGGUCACAUUAUUGCCACAUUAACCUGGUCACAUUAUUGAAAAAAAAUAUUUGAGGGAUGAGGCCUAAUUUGAAAGGCAUUCCGACUGUGUGUUUCUGGGCCUGUUUACUCCCAUCUUUGAAAUGAGAAUACACUGGCGCAAGAUUCACAAUGCUAUUAAAUUUGAAGGUUCGAUUAUUUGGACAGAUUCACGACAUUGCCGCUUGUUUUCGCUGUGGAAUAAAGCAUUAAAGCACAAUUUUUCAGAGAAAACUACUGACGAUUCAUGAUACUCCCUAACUCCACAUUUUACAGCAACCAAACCGUAUGCAUCCAAAUUGCAUGCAAAAUGCAUCCAAAUUUGAGUGCAGUUGCACGCAUAUUUUCAUUUCACAGGUCCCCUCUCAGCAGUGGCGAUUAGCUUCAGCGUUGACGGCGCAAACAUGAGAAUCUUCUGCGGGUUGGCGCUUAGCUUCUGUUUCGGUCGAAUGAACUGCAGCGCUAUCCUGGCUGUGGCGACAAUGAGCUCUUGGUGGCACGGACAUCAGAGUCGUCCUGGCAGAUGAGCUUCUGCCUCGGCAGUGCAGAUUGCAAAUAAUAUGGCGCCAUCUAUAGUCGUCUCGUGCGGCACUGCUUUGCUCCUCACACUUUCGCCAUCCUCUCCUUGCUCCGCAUUCGCUUUGUUUCAUCUUUUGCUUUCGGUUAUGACAAGGGAUGAGGCACGCCGACGCUCAGUGGAGUGCAAUUGACUGAGAAGAAAAAGGAAAAAGCAGAACAUCCAAGGAAGGGUUCAGUGAAGGCCAAGGAAAACAUUCAAGGAAGCUAUUCAAUGAUGAGGCAAGGAAGGUGAAAAAGUUUUUGCCUUGAUAUCUCUUAGGAAGGACCUGAGGAAUCUGGCAACUUUUUUUUAACAUUGAUGUGAUUUGGCAUGUGAUAUGAUAUCCUAUGACUGAACAGUGGUUUGUUGUCUGAUGUGGAACUCCUAAUUAUGGCACAUGUAGAUUCAUCUGAAAACUUUUUUUCAAGUUGUGAGAAUAGAUGUCUGGGAUGGUGUCAUAAGUUUCAUUGAAUCAAAGGCUGUGAGCACUGUUCACGUGCAAAGACCCAUACGCAACACCAUUCAGUCUUUCACAUUUUUUACACUAAUGUUGCCGGUGCAGAAUAGUUUACAAUCAUGUGCUGGUGUGGUUAUUAGGGUGUGACGCUGUGAGAGAUUCAAGUAUCUUUUUUCUAGUGUAUUUUUGUACUAAAUACACUGGCCUUUUAGUAAUUUCGUGCAGUGCUUUACAUAAUGAAAACGUGUCAAUAUUUCUGAUGUCUCAUAGUCACUGGUUGCUGUCGAAUAUGACUGAAUUGUUCAUUACAUGUUUGGAGCUAUAGCGAUUGCGUUGUGUGUCAAAGUGGUGUUUUUAUGUGCAAAACUUGAUUGCUAACAAAGAAGUAAGCAGAUUCUUCAUGGAUAGCCAGUUAAGUUUAUCUGGUGGUGUUUUCAGUUGUCCACUUUAGGAUUUCUAGUAAUUAAAAAAAAGAAGGCUACUAAAGGCACUUUGGACAGUACUGUGACUUUUGUCUGCAUUUCCUAGGAAUCGGGAUGAGUAAAUAGUAUUGAAUGUAAUUGGUAUUUGCCCGGUUUGCUUACCUCUAUCCCAACACUAGAAAUCCCUGAAAUUUUUCUACAUGUAGUUAUUUGUCUAACUUAGUGUGGGAAUCGAUCAGAUGAUUAAUUGAUUGAUAGAUGCUAGUUGUACUUGAAUCUUCAUGUACACGCACAGUUAAUCAGAAUAUUGGGGUGACGCAACUUUUGAAUAUGUCUGGUCCAGAUUGUACAAGUACAAUGUGUUACUGUGGUUGCCACUACAUAUUGGUAUGCCACUGGUACAUGUAACAUUACAUGUAAAAGGAAUUGGACAAAGGAAAGAACAGACUACACACAUAGUGUACACAAUAGUCUUUGCGGGAUGACUAAUAUGGUGCUUUUUGUCACUGUGGGUGCUACAUAUUUCCGAGCCGCCAUAACGCCUGUCAAAUUACGAAAAGUACAGCAUGGCACACACAUGCCAAGUCGACAUAAGGUUUUCUGUGACUCUAGCAGAGACCAGCACGCUUGAAGGGCACUGAGCACUAACAGGGUACUUAAAAAAGAUAAGCAUGUCAUACAAAGCAAUGAGUGGGGCUAGUUGGUGCCGUUCAUGUUGAUUAGCGCUUAGUAAUAAAGCGCCAUUCAAUAUGACUCGCACGGUAGAAAAAUCACUAAAGAAUAACAAUAAAAUAACAACAAAUGGACGUAUGUGUGUCCACAUAUGACCACUUGUUCUUUCAUUGUCGUUCUUAAGUCCUUCAGUAAGUGUUAUACUAAGUGCAAUUCAGCAGGACAGCGUGUUGCACAUUUUAUAGAACGGUCUCCCAAACAACCUGAACAACACUGAGGAAACAGAUAUAAAGAAAUCAGUCAAGCACUUAACCGAAAGUAAUUGCACAAUAAGCAUUCAAGGUUGUGUCUGCUUUGGUAUAAGGAAUCCAGCUUUAUGCAAAAAUGUUCAGAUUAUAUGAAUAUUUUACAAGAUCUCCAGAAAUGUGUUUGUGAAUUGAAAUUUUACUGUGAUUACUGGGAAUAUAGUAAUAUACUCUGGAAUAUGCUCUCUACGCUCAUUUGUGUCACUGUCGUCAUUAAUUCUAUUUUUUUGUCAUUGCAACAGUUUGCAAUUGUUAAUUGCAAGAGUAUCACAGUUGGUGGUUCUGUUACGCAUUGUAGAGUCCAAAAAUUAUUAUUUCCUGCAUUCUUGGUGCCUUUAAUCAUAGUUUGAUUUAGAAUGAGGAAUGGGAAAAUAGUAAUGAGCAUUUUUAAGUGAUACAGUGAUGAUUUUUCGUGUUGUGCUUUGUAGUUUGCACCUCGAAGGUGGUAAUGGUGGUAAUUUGCAUGAAAAUUCCACUGCAGGCUUUUUGCAUUUUAGAAACCAAAGGCAGGGGAUGAUGAAGCGGUUUUUGUGAUAUGCAUUGUGUGUGUUAUGUCUGUUAGGAUCGUUUUACGGCAUGUAUGGAAACAGUGUUUUGUAUAAAUGCAGAGAUCUGAUUUGUUUAUUCCUGACCAAAUGACCUUCAACUAUGAUACGUGAGCGCAAUACCAAAGCCAUGGCUUGAUUACUUAAGUACUUUGUGAUUGAAGAGCUGCAGGAUAUUUUUGACGUGUGUACUGCUGCACCACAAAAUGGUGUCCAUUACCUUUGUUGACAUAAUCCUUUUAUUAAUUUUUGCACAAUGUUCACAUUUCGCUGUCAUUUGCAUUGUAUAUGGUUUUUGAUUUUUUUUCUCUUUUUCUUUAUCAUAUACAGACACUGUGCUUGUUAUCGCUUGCCUGUUUACAUUUUUAAUAAAUAUGCAA